AUGUCUGUAUUGCUGGAAUUCUCUGUGGACCCGUACAAGGAUGGUUUCACCGGAAUGAGAGUGAUUCCUGCUAUAGAUAUUGCCGUGGACAAUAUAAACAACGACCCCGGACUUUUACAGGGGCACGAAAUCGUGGUCAUAACCAAUGAUAGCCGGUGCAGCACGGUCCCAGCAAUCAUCGUGCUGACAGACGUCAGGACCUUUAUAGACCCGGAUGUUAUCAUGGGCCCAGCAUGUUGGGUCUCCAUGGACGUAAUCGGCUCCCUCGGUGGACACUGGAAAUUGCCAAUAUUAUCUGGCGCCGCGGUCGACCCCGUGCUAAGUGAUCGUGAUACGUUUCCCACAUUAGUUCGAACAUAUCCACAUUUUCGUAAAUUAUCAGCAGCUUUAGUCAAAAUGUUAGAAUACUUUGAAUUCCAUCUCAUCGGAUUCAUGUUCGAUAUGAACGACAGUACGUACUACAUAUUGGGGUUCAGCAUAGAUAUGUGGGUCAAAAACAACGCCGCUAACGUGAGCUUUCCAAGCGACCCAGCCGGAAGGCGUUCUAUAACCCCUAAUAACUAUGAGAAUGUCCUAAUGAAUGUGACGUCGGUCUCGAGAAUUAUCAUCAUAUGCGCUUCUGCGGACGAAGUGAGGGAGAUUAUGCUGCACGCGUACGAUCACGGUAUGACCACGGGCGAGUACGCGUUCUUCAACAUCGAGCUUUACCGGGAUCCCAAGUAUGGAGACUUUCCGUGGAAACGCAACGACGGCAGAGAUGCGGAAGCGAAAAAGGCGUAUGAAGCACUGAUGACGGUGACGUUGCUGACUCCCACAAGUGACGAGUAUGUGGAGUUUUCGGAGGAGGUUAAGAGGAGGGCUAAGCGAGAUUAUAAUUUCACGUACGAGGACGAUGUGGUAAACAAUUUUGUUGGUGCCUUCCAUGACGCUGUAAUUUUAUACGCUCUCGCGUUGAACGAGACUCUCGCUGCCGGAGAAGAUCCCCGAAAUGGUAUGAAAAUUACCAGGCGGAUGUGGAAUAGGACAUUCGAAGGUAUAACAGGUAACGUCACGAUCGACGGUAAUGGCGACCGCGAUGCUGACUACUCUUUGCUGGACAUGACUGACCCGGAAAGAGGUACAUUCGAGGUUGUUCUCAAUUACUAUGGUGAUAGGAAGGCAGUGGAAAAAGUGGCUGAUAUUCACUGGCCAGGAGGCGCUACAGGACCGCCACCGGAUGUCCCAGCGUGUGGUUUUCAGAAUGAGUUCUGCCCUCCAAAAGAGGAACUCAGUUUGAUAGCUAUAAUUGGUAUAGUGCUGGCCUGCCUUGUGAUCAUCGUCAUCGUCAUUGCUCUGUUGAUAUACAGGAAGUACAAACUGGAAGCCGAGUUAGCCAAAAUGACGUGGAAAGUGGCAUGGGAAGAUAUCUCAUUCAGCAAAACGGAUCGUAGCCGCGUUAUGUCGACUGCAGCUGUCAACGCUGCCUUCAGCAAGUCGCAUGGUUCCAGGAAAAGCAGUACUAGGUGCUCAUCUUUUGGAACAUGUGAUUUUGACCGUCAAAUAUUUACUCGAGUUGCGCAAUAUAAGGGUAAUGUAAUUGCCAUUAAGAAAGUCAAUAAGAAAAAGGUCGAGCUCACACGGGAUGUGCUACUGGAGUUAAAAUACAUGCGAGACUUGGAACAUAACCACAUCGUUCGAUUUGUUGGCGCAUGCGUGGAUCCACCGCAUAUUGCAAUGUUAACAGAAUACUGUCCGAAAGGUAGUUUACAGGAUAUUCUGCAGAAUGAUGCAAUUAAGAUGGAUUGGGUGUUUCGCUACUCUCUCAUGCAUGAUAUCAUCAAGGGACUUCACUUUCUGUACCACAGCAGCGCUAUCAAAGUGCACGGUAACCUAAAGUCGUCAAACUGUGUCGUGGACAGUCGGUUUGUGGUGAAACUCACGGACUUCGGGCUGCACAAAUUCAAGGAAGAUAGUAAAGAAAUCGAAAACUCACAUGCUUACUAUCAAAAGCUAUUAUGGCGGUCGCCAGAAAUGCUCCGGGAUCCGAACCGUAAGGCCUCGUCUGACGCCGAUGUUUACAGUUUUGGAAUUAUAUUACAAGAAAUUAUUCAGAGGACUGGUCCGUAUGAAUCGUCGUCUUCCACUAUGACGCCACAAGAAAUUGUGGAGAGAGUUAAGAACGUUGAGUCUCCACCGUUCCGUCCCGUCGUAGACAAAGAUUCCUGUCCAUUGGAAUUACAUCAGCUGAUGGAGAAAUGUUUAGCAGAACUUCCGUCAGACAGACCGGAUGUCAGCGAAGUUAGGUCUUACGUUCGAAAACUAAACAGGAAUAGUGAUAGCGAAAACAUCCUGGAUAAUUUACUUCAACGCAUGGAGCAGUACGCCAACAAUCUCGAGAGUUUAGUGGAGGAAAGAACGGAAGCCUUUCUGGAGGAAAAGAGAAAAUCCGAAGAACUUUUAUAUAGUAUAUUGCCAAAUUCUGUUGCUAAGCAGCUCUGUCGAGGCGAAUCGGUGGAACCUGAAUGCUACGAGAUGGUUACGAUAUAUUUCAGUGACAUCGUAGGAUUCACGUCACUCUCCGCUGGAAGCAAUCCCAUGCAAGUUGUGGACUUACUGAACGAUCUGUACACCUGUUUCGAUACGAUAAUAAAUAAUUUCGACGUUUACAAGGUGGAAACGAUUGGGGACGCGUAUAUGGUUGUGUCCGGGCUACCAGUUCGCAACGGAAGCCGUCACGCAAGAGAAGUCGCGCGGAUGUCUCUCGCGUUGCUACAAGCAGUCGACAACUUCAAGAUUCGGCAUAGACCGAAUGAAAAACUGAAGCUAAGAAUAGGAAUACAUUCAGGUCCCUGCGUGUCUGGUGUAGUUGGUCUCAAAAUGCCUCGUUACUGUCUGUUUGGCGACACAGUGAACACAGCAUCUAGACUGGAAUCUAAUGGAGAGCCUCUACGGAUCCACGUCAGCACGUCGACGAAAAUGAUCCUCGAUACUUUCCACACUUUCAUCUUACAACUGAGAGGCGAAAUAGAAAUGAAGGGUAAAGGAAAACAGACUACAUAUUGGUUGCUUGGAGAGAGGCCUCCGACAAGGGAAGAUUCCAGGAGUACUAUCUGUUCAAUCCCACGGUAG